UUUUUGGGCUGGCUGAUUAUGCUAGCAGGUCAGCUAACGCUAGCCUGCUAACACUUGCGUUUAUUCGAUUUAAAACACUAUUUGUUUACAGUCUGUCGCUAAGGACGCUGUACUUUUUAUUUUUUAUUUGAGUUUCAUCAUGAUGAUAAGGCUACCAAGCGAGUUUUAAUAUUCUUUUUGUAUUGGUAUUCACGUCCAGCGAGGCUGUUUGCUAAUGUUACAGUGUUUGCUUUGAGCUAUGCAAGCAUAGAUAGGACGCCAAUUGUUUUCUGCUGCGGACAAACUCAAACUGGGGGUCAGCUGAAUAUCCUCUCCCAUCCCCCCCCUUGCCCCCUCUGUCAGAGCAUGGCUCAGGAGACCAAUCAGACGCAGGUGCCAAUGCUUUGCACUAUGGGAUGCGGUUUCUAUGGUAACCCCCGCACCAACGGCAUGUGCUCGGUCUGCUACAAGGAACACCUGCAGAGACAACAGGGAGGGGGGCGAUCCAGCCCGCCAGGAGAGAAAGCUGCUACAUCACCGGCAGGAUCGGCGGGCUCAGCUGGUGUGACUGUGGAGAGUACAACCUCAGAGCCCAGUACAGAGGUGGCAGGAACCCCACCUGAGGAACAAACGAGCAGUCCCAGCUCUCCCAGCCCAGUAACUCAACAGAUGACAGCUAUGAGCAUCUCCCAGGAUUCGGGAGCUGUGGACUCUGACCGAGCGGAGGCUGAGGAGGGAGAAGAGGAGGGUACUAGCAGCAGCUCAGAGCCAGUAGGGGAAGCAGCACAAGCUUUGUCUGAUAAUGACCAAACUCCAGAUAAAAACAAGAAAAAGAACCGCUGCUUUUCUUGCCGGAAGAAAGUAGGCCUCACUGGUUUUGACUGUCGCUGCGGGAACCUCUUCUGUGCCAUUCACCGUUACUCUGACAAACACGACUGUCCCUAUGAUUACCGGAGUGCAGCUGCUGCCCGCAUACGCAAGGAGAACCCCAUCGUGGUGGCUGAGAAAAUUCAGAAGUUAUGAGGACUGAGUGCAAAAACAAAAAAAAGUCUCUGACUUUGUGAAUUUGAACAAUGGCAACUUGGAUGAAAACACGUGAUAUCAUGGCUUCAUUUGUUCAUGGUAGACUAAGACGGGUGGGGUGGUGAGGUUGCAGCCACUGUCCAGACGCUUCCCUUACUAGCAUCUCCCUCUCUCUCUGUGUGUGUGUGUGUGUGUGUGUGUGUGUGUGUGUGUGUGUGUGUGUGUGUGUGUGUGU